CCUGGCGCAAACGGCGGCCAGCGGGCGCAAUCGGUGGAGGGGGUCGGCAGGCGAGAACCCCGGGCCGGCGUCCACCCCCAGGCACCGAGGGGGUACAGCGGGCGGGGGGCGCGAACCAAAGAUGUCCUCGGAUACCGGCUCCGUGUCCUUCGCCCUCCUCCUCCUCCCCGAGUGGCGCAGUGAGGCGCGGGCGCGGCGCCCCCAACCCGCGGCCUCAGGAAGGAGGAAAACGGAGAGAAAAGGAAAGGAAAGAAGCAGUGCCGGCCGCCUCUCCCGGUGCCCGCCGGCUGCGCAGGAGCGAGGCGGGAGGCGAGAUCCCGGAGACCUUGCCCGAGAGUCGGCGAUGGCUGUGAGUGCGCGGGGAAGGGACGCUAUGUGCUGGAACUUGCAGCGGUUGUGCUACCUAAAAGAAGCAAAACAUUUUUACACAUUUAAAAAAAACGUUCCUUCCUGUUGCCUGGAUCUCGCCGGGGCUAUUUUAAAAGCCUUGCCUUGGGUCGGAGCUCCGGGCCUCGCGCGACAUAGGGGCGCGGCAGCCGGGGGGCCCGAGAGUCGCAGUCCUGGCUUGCGCGGCGCCCUUCAGCGGCUCGGAGCCCAAGUUGUCCCGGCGUCCAAGCCCGGCGAUCCGGGCCCAGCGGCCGAUCGCUGCCGGACCAGCACCUGGACUAAAUUCCAUGCCCGCGACGUCCGAGCGCCGUCUCCGGAAGAAAGCUGGCGGCUGCAAAGUGGGGGGCCUUUCACCUCGUUCCACAGAGCCCCCCAAACUCUCUUCUCACUUCCCUGA